ACCCAGGUGAAGGUGACGGAGUGGAGAGAGUGACGACUCUAGCCUCACCAGGAUUCAAUCUUGCGUCACACGUUCCACCUGUAAACAUGCAUAUCCCUCAUCAACUAGUGUCAGAGCUUUUAGCAUCACUAACUCUUGUAAGGCACUGUAUAAUUCAGUAGUGUUAAUAUCUUCCCAGUGAUUGCAAAUUUCUCUUAUGGAUCUCCACAAUACAUUCAAUACUCCCUCCCUCCUCCCCCAUCAAAUGUAUUAUGGAAAUCAUGUGUGUUCGUUUUAAGCCUGAGGUGCAGCGGGUUUAACAUAGAACUAUACACUGCUGCAACUGAGUGUCUCUCUUGCAAGCAUGGACCUGAUACGAGAGGACCUGACGGAGCGACGCCUGAGGUUCAAGAGCAGGGUGGGCAGGGGUGGCGUUGGAUCCCUCACUGACCUUGUGUUCCCUCCGCCGGCUGGACUGAGCAGACAGUUCCACACUGCCGUGACCGCCGUCAUGGCUGCCAGGUACUCAUGCCUCUCCUUCUCAUGUCAAAGCACGUAUAUAUAUUCCACACUUCUGCAUCAGCCAGGCGCUGCCCGGGGCGACCAGUGGCAUUACCCCCGGAGCCUGGGUCAGCAGCUCCCACUUUCUGAGACACCUAUCAGCAUCUAGAAUCUGCAGUACUUAGCAACACCCAGAGUCUGAGGCACCUAGCAGCUGCCAAGUGUUAGGUACCUUGCAGUACCCAGAGUCUGAGACACCUAGCAGCUGCCAGUGUUAGGCACCUUGCAGUACCCAGAGUCUGAGGGACUAUAGUAACAGCGUCCAGACUCUGAAGCACCUAGCACAACCUAGAGUCUAAGGCACCUUGCAGCACAGAGUUUGAGACUCCUAGCGGCUGUCAGGGACUUGGACACCUAGCAGCAACUAGUUUUAGGCACCUAGCAGCACAGAGUCUUUGACACUAUGAUCACGCCUGCCACCACAGCUUGCUAUUCAAGUGUCUUUGGCUUAUAUGUAAUUGUUUACCGUGUCGAAAGCAAACAUUCUUCCGUACUGGCGCACACCAGAGGUCGCCUCACUAUUGUUCCUGCUGUACAGACACCUCCAAACUCUCUUUAAUCCAAAAAAUUACUUUAUUGUUAACCAUAUUUAUUGCAUCUCAUGAGCGGAGUGUCGUGAAAAUGUUGCUUGGGUAAGCAAAUGACACUGGAAACCUUUUUGAUGAAGGUGAAAUGUGAAAAUUGGUACUUAUUUGUUCUUACUGAUUCACGUAACAAAACAGCCUUGAAGGGUUGGCAAAUGUCGAGGGGAGGGGAGUGAAAGGUAUUCUGUUCCUGCUCAGAAUUUCUUCAUGGGGACUUUGUUUAAUGUUAGGUAAGAGGACACAGAUGCAACUAAUGUGGAAUUUUAUUGUGGCAACAUUUUGCUCUCUAGGAGCUUUGUCAAAGCUCCUGGAGAGCAAAACGUUACCACAGUAAAAUGUCACAUUAAUUGCAUCUGUGUUCUUUUACCUAACAUUUUAUCGGUAAUUCUACCAUUAUUACUGUUUCAUGCCGAUUAAGCAAGUGUACUGAGGAUAAUAAAUCACUACCCAUGGUAGUGAGUCCUGAAACUCCCAGGCCAGUGCGUUAACCACUGUUGCGUGUUCCAGUGAAAGAUUAUCAGGUGAUGAUACAUUCUUAACAAGUUUCAAUUGCAAAUUCACUGAAACCUAAAUGAGGAAAGUGCAGAAUGAUGGAUAAAAUUACAUAAUGUGUUAACCAAAGAUUUAUUUUUCUUUUCGAAUGGAGUAUUGUUUAUAAAGCAUUGCCUUUUAUGAAUGCAUGCCACUGCAGUGUGUAAUAUAUCUUAGUUAAAUGUUAUAGCAGUAAUUGAAGCGUAUCUUAAGGAAUAAUCAUUCAUGCAUUGGGAGUGGCUGAGGCACUGAGUGGGAGAUAUGGUGAGUGAAGUGUGGAUGGCAGCCUCCUACAGCCUUCCAACUCGGGGUAGCUGCUGGCUUCCAGUCCAUAGUCUCUGCAGGCUUCCAGCUCUGGGUAGCUGUUGGCUUCCAGUCCCUAGUCUCUGCAGGCUUCUAGUUCUGAGUACCUGCUAGGUUCCAGUUCCUAGUCCCUGCAGGCUUCCAGCUCUGGGUAUCUGCUAGGUUCCAGUUCCGGGGCCCGGCUUGCGUCUAGUCCUGGGUCUUGCUUCCAUCUCAUGGGUCCCUGCUUGCUUCCAGCUUCUGGGACCUGCUGAUCUCUAGUCUAGGGUGGCUCUACUGGCUUCCAGUCCUAAACCUCUGCUGGAUUCUAAUUUUGGGUCCCUGCUGAAUUUUAGUCACGGGGCCUUGCUGACCUUAGUCCCAGGUCCCUGCUGCCUUCCAGCUCCGGGGCUCUGCUGGGCUCCAGUCCCGGGCCCCUGGCACUUCGUUUCUUUUCCAUAUCGUUCUGACAGUUUGAUGUGGCAUUAUACAUUUAUAUACUCCCAUUGAAGGACUGCUGUGUGGCAGUGUUCAGGGCUGCUCUGCACUCUUCUAAAUGUUCAUUACGUAUGUAUACAUGUAUGUAUAUACGCUUUACAUGUUCUUUGAGUAUACAUAGUGGCUUGUUUAAUGUAGACUCAGCAAGCAACUUAUGCUUUCUUCCCUCUACUCUGGAGAUGCGACACCCAAACCUCCACCCACUUCAUCAACAUUCUCUUUAUUCACAUAUGCAGUGUACUUAUUCCCCUUUUUAAUGUUUUCUUUGAGUGUUCCGUACUGUUGCUGAAGAGUGAAGAAAUAUAUUU